UUCAGCAAAUAUUAUUCAUCCCCUGCAAUUUGUAACCUCCAUUUCUGUUCUGUUAUCAGUCUUUGCUGCUGUUUAUAUUGGGACUAGCUUCACAGUACAUCAGGAAUGAAAACGCAUCAUCCCAUUUCCUUAGUUUCAAGUUUCCACUAAGAGUGUCAAAAUCAUAUAUGGCCACCCUCCACCAAUUCCUCCUUGAAAUCAGAGCAGUUCCCUUUGCCACCCCUUUAUUUCUUGCCGCUGUGUCUUGGCUCUUCUUGUAUUACAUCCGAGUUUCUUACUUUACCAACAAAAAGAUGAGCAAUACUUUUGUCAAUCUCCCUCCUGUUCCAGUGGUUCCUGGGCUUCCGGUGAUCGGGAAUUUGCUGCAACUCAAGGAGAAGAAGCCGUACAUGACUUUCACGAGGUGGGCUGAGGAGUAUGGCCCUAUCUAUUCCAUCAAGACUGGGGCUUCCACCAUGGUCGUUCUCAAUAACUCCGAAGUUGCCAAAGAGGCCAUGGUGACCAGAUAUUCCUCCAUCUCAACCAGAAAGCUAUCAAAUGCACUAAAGAUUCUUACUGAUGAUAAGUGUAUGGUUGCAAUAAGUGACUACAAUGAAUUUCACAAGAUGGUCAAGCGAUACAUACUCGCAAAUGUUCUUGGAGCCAAUGCUCAGAAGCGACACCGGAGCAACAGAGAUAUCUUGAGAGAUAAUGUUUUGAGCCAAUUGCAUUCUCAAGUGAAGAGUUCUCCUCAAGAAGCUGUGAAUUUUAGAAGAGUUUUUGAGUCAGAACUCUUUGGACUUGCACUGAAGCAGGCCUUUGGAAAGGACAUAGAAAAGCCCAUUUAUGUGGAGGAACUUGGCACAUCACUUUCAAGAGAUGAGAUCUUUAAGGUUCUAGUGCUUGACAUUAUGGAGGGUGCAAUUGAGGUUGAUUGGAGAGAUUUCUUCCCUUACCUGAGAUGGAUUCCUAAUAAGGCCAUGGAAACAAAAAUUCAGCGACUCUAUUCCCGCAGGAAAGCAGUGAUGACUGCCCUGAUCAAUGAGCAGAAGAAGCGAAUUGCUUCAGGAGAGGAAAUCAAUUGUUAUAUCGACUACUUGCUUUGCGAAGGGAAAACACUGACAAUGGAUCAAAUAAUUAUGUUGCUGUGGGAGACUGUUAUUGAAACAGCAGAUACUACAAUGGUUACAACAGAAUGGGCUAUGUAUGAAAUUGCUAAAGAUCUGAAACGACAGGAUCAUCUCUAUCAAGAAAUCCAAAAGGUAUGUGGUUCGGAGAUAGUGACAGAGGAAAAGUUGUCCCAGCUGCCGUACCUGAAUGCAGUUUUCCAUGAAACUCUAAGGAAGCACAGUCCGGCUGCAUUAGUUCCUUUAAGAUAUGCACAUGAAGAUACCCAACUAGGGGGUUACUACAUUCCUGCUGGAACUGAGAUUGCAAUAAACAUAUAUGGGUGUAACAUGGACAAGCACCAAUGGGAAAGCCCCGGGGAAUGGAAGCCAGAAAGAUUUUUAGACCCGAAAUACGAUCCAAUGGAUUUGUACAAGACCAUGGCUUUUGGGGCAGGAAAAAGGGUAUGUGCUGGUUCCCUUCAGGCAAUGUUAAUAGCAUGCCCGACGAUCGGUAGGCUGGUGCAGGAGUUUGAGUGGAAUUUGAGAGCUGGGGAAGAAGAAAAUGUAGAUACCGUUGGGCUGACCACUCACAAACGUGAUCCAAUGCAUGCGAUCCUGAAGCCAAGGAGUUAGUCAUUCUCUGUAGGCAAGUAAGCCACAGUCGACAUGGAUUCUGUGAUCGUCAUCCCCAUAAUCGCCGGUGGCCGAAGCUAUGCUCAAGUUAGUGGACUCUUUUGUGUUUUCAGUUUGUUAUGGCCAGUUUUCACAGCCAAACUGGACAAACUUUGUUGCUAUGGCAGCUAUUCAAAUAAGUUGAGAGUAAUUUUAAAUGUUUUCACAGGUGAAAAUUUUUAAAUAGACACAUCUCUAUUGGUUUUCAGAGAUAUAUUAGCAUCCUUAUUGCUUUUAAUCUGGUCUAAUCUUCAGUUGCGCCUCUUUUUUGUUCAAUAAUCUUGCCCAUGGAUACGUAUUAAUGUCAGUUCUCGACA